AUGAGGUGUCCGGUAGCGACAGGACCUAAUGCCAUUCCAGUCUCCCUAGAGCGGGGGAACCGCCUCCUGAACGCGGUAGAGAAAAGCAAAAUGAGCGAUGAGGACGUGCAGGGGACUCAGCCGCCUCCGGAAACGUGGUUCGAGUCUGGGGCGGUGCCGAUGCGGAGUGAAGAGGCUCCGUGCGAGAAGACAGAUAGCAACGGGAAAUUUGCAGAAGCGACAGAAGAAGACUGCAGGCCAGAAGCGAUAGAGACUAUGCCUCAUUGGUGGCGGGAAACUAGUGCGAAGGAAUCUUGCAACCAAGGAGGAGCACUGCGUUACGUGGGUGCAACAGCGGUACUUCGCGUUGAGCUUGCAGGGAGUUCAUGCGAGGCGCUUUUAGAAAUAGGCGCUUCGAGAAGUUUCAUUAGCCCUAAAACAGUCGAACGAUUGCAGCUGAGGUCCGACAAGCUCCGGACCUAUAUGAACGACCAGUGGUGCGAGUUACCGGUCGUUAGGACGGGUAAAGAGACACUGCAGGGUGACAGUCACAUAGUAGCACCUCCAAAGACUUCUGCAGAGCAAGCGUAUGACAUUUUGGCUAAGCAACUGGCGGAUAUGUCAGCGGAGGAGGCUGCCAUAUUCCUACGGCCGCCACCUAAAAGGUAUAAAUCCCAUGCAAAGACUAAGGCGAAGGCACGGAUAACGUCGCUUGUUCGCCAAGCGGCGGCCGACGCAGACAGCCAUUGCAUGGUUUGCAUUUUAUCCUGGCUUAGCCCGACGCUGGCUCGUCAGUGGCACUGA